CGUGAAUGGUUGAAAUAGACUUUUGACUAUGUGACGGAGCGACAAGCGUGUAUUAGUUCUAGGGAGGCACAUUCCCGGUCGAAAUUCGUCAGUCGUGACACGCGCUCGGAACGGCUAACACGUGCGUCGCGCCGUACACAAAACGGAUGUUCACGUGACUGUUACGAAUCACGUCGUAUCUUUUCGAUGUUCAUAUCCACAGACGGAAAAUGUGAAGUUAAUUAAUAACGUUGUUUUUAAUUUCAAUACGAUUAACAUUCAAACGCGUUGUGAAAAUGAUAAUACUACUAAUAGAACGGAACUUCGGCGGUAACAAUAAAAUCAAAAUAUUCAUUUUACCUUGAACGUAGUUCCACACGAACAGAUCCGAGAAUGAAGAAAAACACAUUGGCCGCUAUAGUUACGGUCAUCGUAAUUCUAACCAACUAUUUAUGUAGUCCAGCCGAAAGCAUCGAAAAUGUUAUUGACCACAAAUAUUGUCAUUGUUUAAAUGUGACAACAGAGGGUAGACUAAUUAAAUGUAAAUGUGUUGACAGUAAACUUGAAGAAAUACCAAAUGAUUUACCUACUCCUUUACAUGAGCUGAUAAUUGGCGAGUCUUCAAUUGAAAAUUUAAAAAAUGAUUCAUUCGUAAAGUAUAAAGAAAGUCUAAGAGAAUUAAUAAUAAGAGAUCUAAAAAAUCUAGUAAGCAUAGAAAAUGGAAUUUUUGAUGGAAUGGAUCAUUUACAAACUAUUUACAUCCACGAUGCUCCGAAGUUAAGGGUGAUCUCGCCGAUGUUGUUUCACGUCCGCCUACCGAACUUGAAAAUCUUAGGAAUUGUUCGAACUGGAAUCAAAAACUCCCCCAACCUUAGCAAGUUAAAAACAAUUAAUCAUCUUCGUAUGGUAGACUUGGAAAGCAAUCACAUCGAGAUUUUGAUCCCAGGAGAACUGAAAAUCAGUGCAGAACAACUCCAACUUAAUUACAACCGCAUUACCGAAGUGGGACCAUUGGCUUUCAAGGACGCCCAAAUAGCCACGGUUAACCUGAGAGGCAAUCGGAAGCUUCGGAAGCUAGACGCGCAAGCUUUUGUCGGGAUUAAAAGUCUCCGUAACCUAGACUUGUCGGACACUUCGAUUUCGAACCUGCCCACCGCGGGUCUCGAAGAACUGGACGUAUUGAAAAUCGAAAACACAUAUACCAUGAACAUUUUCCCGUCCAUUUACAACUUCAAGAACAUUAAAGAAGCAUGGUUAACAUAUCCAUACCAUUGCUGUGCUUUUCAUUUUCCAAAAACACACAACCCUCAAGGAUACGCAGAUCAUGAGAAACUUCGACAGAAGAUGUUUCUAGAGUGUAAAAAUAUAGAAUUGGAUGCUAUUCCCACGGUGAAAACAUCACAAUCGACGACGGAGAAUUUUUUUGGCGAUGAAAUGUUUCACUCGGGUGACGUGACGGUCGGCACCAAGGUGGACGCGGUGUGCGGAAACGUGUCCAAGAACUAUUUAGAAGUCAAGUGCUACCCGGCACCGGACGCCUUCAACCCGUGCGAGGACCUGAUGGGCAACUGGACGCUGCGGGUGGCUGUGUGGGUCGUGGCGGUGGCCGCGCUGCUUGGAAACAUGGCCGUGCUGUUCGUGUUGCUCAGCAGCCGGUUCCGGUUGACUGUUCCCAAGUUCCUCAUGUGCAACCUGGCCACGGCCGACUUUUGCAUGGGUCUGUACCUGCUGCUAAUCGCCUUGAUGGACGCCCGGUCGAUAGGGCACUAUUUCAAUCAUGCCAUAUUCUGGCAGAGAGGUAUCGGAUGCAAGAUCGCCGGUUUCUUGACCGUGUUCUCGUGCAUGCUGUCCGUGUUCACGUUGAUGAUAAUCACUGGUGAACGGUGGUACACCAUCACAUACGCUAUUCACCUGAACCGGCGACUGAAGCUGGGAGCCUCCGUCAACAUAAUGGCCGUCGGCUGGAUCUUCUCGGUGGUCAUGGGCGCGUUACCGUUGAUGGGCACCACCGGAUACUCGAGAACCAGCAUCUGCUUGCCCAUGGACCACACCACGUUCGCGGACAAGCUGUACCUGUUCUCGCUGCUCAUGUUCAACGGGGUGGCGUUCGUGGUGAUAUGCGCGUGCUACGCGAAGAUGUACGUGUCGAUCCGGGGCGGCCGCGAGGCGGUGGCGUCCGUGGCCCGGUCCGACAUGACGGUGGCCAAGCGCAUGGCGCUGCUGGUGUUCACGGACUUUGCGUGCUGGGCCCCGGUGGCGUUCUUCGGGCUGACCGCGCUGGCCGGCUAUCCGCUGAUCGACGUGCCCAAGACCAAGAUACUGCUGGUGUUCUUCUACCCGCUCAACUCGUGCGCCAACCCGUACCUGUACGCGCUGCUCACGCAGCAGUACCGCCGCGACCUGUUCGUACUGCUCAGCCGGUUCGGCGUGUGUAGCCGCCGCGCGGACGAAUACAAGGGCACGGGCCCGGUGCCGUGUGGCCGGCGCAAGACGUACUGCAACGAUGCGCGACACCACGACCACCGUCGCGGCGGCGGUUUCGGCGGCGGCUUCGGAGGCGGCGGCGGUGGUGGUCGAGGCAGCGGCGGCGACGGUGACGGCGGAGGCUUCGGCGGUGGCGGUGGUGGCGGUUUCGGCGACUCGUCCGGCCAGGGCGGCAGCAGCAGCCAUCACCGCGGCUCCGUCAUGACCACCGUCACGUCCGUCGACUCCGUGGCCGCGUGCCGGCCCGGAUCGCUCACGCCGCUCCAAGAGCUCAACUGCGUCGACUACGCACACCAAUCGUCCGGGCCGCCACUCGCGCCGCACAGCCUGGAACUGUUGCCGUUGCAGCACGGCGUAGACGCUUGACACGUGGCCACUGCUUCGACCACCGUCACCGCCGCCGCCGCCGCCGUGGUGACCGCCUUCGACGACGAUUACGACGACGACGGCGACGUGACCGACGUGUCCGUCGUCCUGGUGUCCACGCAAAGGACCGCGUAACGUACGCCGCUAGGCCACGUCUCUUCACCUGCACGCCGAUCACCUCUCGAACCCAGGUAGUUCAUUGUUUUUCCUUCGAACCGUCUCCCGGACGGGUCAAUGGCAAUUCGAACAUACCUAAUUUGAACAUACAUAGGUAUUGCGUCUCUGUGUACUCGGACGGCCUACCGCGUGUCUUCUUCAUCGGGAUCGAUGUACGAUCAACGUGCGCGUUGGAAACGACGCGCGAUCUAUUUUUUUCUCUUUGGUCGGACGGUUUGCGAUUUUAAAUCCUAUUCGAACGGUCAUUUUCAGACGGUCGUUCGAAUCGCGUCUGCACUCUAACAUUUAACGUCGGAAUGGACACAUUCACGUUUUUGUGGUUUGCCACGAAAUCUUCAACAUGAUGCAACUAUGUCACUAUGCAAUGACUUCUCGAUAACCUAUUUUAUCGUGAUCAAAGGAGUUAUUAUUCAUAAUAAUAAGAUCGAUUCGGCAAUUCGCCGCACCCGUUAUCGAUGCCGAUUAAACUAACCUGAUAUUGGAUGCGAUCUGAGUAACUGUUCGGUAACGGGAACGGUAACGGUAGGCAACUCGGGUGACCCUUUUUAUAUUUUUAUUUUUUGUUAAGCAAAGUAUUCGGUAAGUCAUUUUCGGCACUAACGAGAGGCGAUUCGAUUGCGCCCAACUAUGCAACACUUAUUCAUCGUUGGAACAGCGAUAAGUUCUAUCUGUGUUUUGUUUUCA